AUGUCUUCACCACCACCGAACCCACCGAACCCAAAUCCUCUAAAACGCACCUCCAUCUCCUCCGCCUCAGCCGGCCACCAGAAUAAACGCCCGCGCAUGCACCCCCUCCGCCAGACUUCGUUUCCCGUCGACCCAGACCUCCGAGCCUUCAGCGCAACCGCGACCAGCGAUGCAGGAAGCGUGACAGGGAGUUUCACAGGGAGCGUUGGAGGCGCGAGCGCGGACGGUGUCUUUCGACGCAAGAGGGGCCGAAAGAGCAAAGCUGAAAAGGAGCGCGAGAGGGAGAGGGAACGCGAGCGUGAGCGUGAGCGGGAGAGAGAUAGUGAGGAUAUGGUUAGUGUUGCGAGGGGAGGGGCGGCGAGUACGGUUGGUGGUGGCGCAGGAGGAAAUGGGGGCGAGGAAGGCGAUGAAGAUGAUGAUUUUGACGAUGAGGGGGACUUGCUGGGCAGAGAGGAUGGAGGGGAGCGUGAGGACGUAGAGGCGGAGAGGAAGAAUCUUGCAUUACUGGUGGAUGCAUUUAAUCCGCUACAAUCCGAGCGAUAUGAUUUGUUCAAGCGGGCGAAAUUGAGGAAGGAGACGCUACGGCGGAUCGUCAAUCAUGCGCUCUCGCAAUCGGUCCCGGCCAGUGUGGUGACCACGAUCAACGGGUUUACAAAAGUGUUUGCGGGAGAGAUGAUAGAAAAGGCACGGACGGUACAGAAGGAGUGGGCGGAUGCACACGAUCAAGCAGCAUUGGCAAGGCUCGCUCAGGAAGAAGCUGCGGCAGACGGGCCAAAUCACGCUGCAACCAAUAACGAACCUCAUUCGGCAGUGAAACACGAGCCGGUAGAUACGAACUCGAGCGUCAGCACAGCUGGUGUGUUUCGGAUUUCGGCACCUGGCGGAAGCGCAAGGGUGAAGCUUCCGCCUAACCCCCACCGCGGACAGCUGCUCCCUUCCCAUUUGCGAGAAGCGCUCCGACGGUAUAAACGAGACGGAGAGGGCGGGGGCGUUGGCUUUUCCGGGCUCAGUCUGGGGAACUUGGGGGUUCGAGGGUCGGUCACCUGGAGUGCAGGCAGCGUAGGAGGGCGGCGUCUAUUUCGCUGA